AGACUAUUCAAUGCGGUGCUACAAUUGUUAGAAUCUUUAUAAAAAUUUUGUGUUAAGUAUAGUAAUGAGUUCGUUCGAGGGAACGAUGUUUUUAUAUAAAGAUGCAGUGCUCGAUAAUUUCGAAGAGAAAAAUAGGAUGAAAUCAAUUUAUUUUUUAUCUCAUUUUCAUGCAGAUCAUAUGACGGGCCUUAAAACAGAAUCCUUUAAAAAUUGUCUUACAGCAAAUAAUGCAAAAAUCUGUAUGUCGAAAAUUACGCAGUCGUUAUUAUUAAACCGAAAAGAAUACAGUCACUUAGAUAAAUUAAUUCAAGUGCUUGAUGUUAAUGUCGCUCACCGUAUUAAAUUAAGAAAAGAAAACCCGUAUUAUGUCACAGUUACCCUUCUACCUGCUGGUCACUGCCCUGGCUCUGUCAUGUUCUUGUUUGAAGGGGAACAGGGCAACAUUCUCUAUACUGGUGAUUUCAGAUUAGCAAGGCAGGAUAUUGAGAGUAUGAAUGCCCUCUUUGUAAAUGGACGGCCUAAAGAUUUAAAAGCUAUUCAUUGCGAUACGACCUUCUUAGUAGAGAAAGCAAAAUACUUACCUACACGGCAACUUUUAACUAGUCAUAUUCUAGAGCUAAUACGAGGCUGGCUGGACUCUUCUAAAAAGCAUCAAAUUGUAUUGAAACACAAAGCUACAUUGGGCUACGAACAGAUCUAUGUUGAUAUAUAUAAUAAUCUAAAUGAAAAGGUUCACGUUAAUUCAUCAAAUUACAAAGUUUAUCAAACAAUUGAUGAUAUUGCAAGAUCAACAACGCCAACCAUGAAUGAAAGUAUACGCGUUCAUUGUAGAUGUUGGACUAAAGAACAAAGCACUAACUCUUGUCUACCUUGCGAAGCAAGCGCAGCCCCAGAUGAUAUCUUAUUUAUUUCACUAUCGGCCUUAGGGUUUGUUCAAGGCCUGCGUAACGAAGACGUCUUAAUUAAAGUUGGAGAAAAUUCCUAUAAGGGUCUCUACUCAUUUCAUUCCUCUUAUAUGGAGAUAUGUGAUCUAAUAAGGAUACUAAAGCCGGAUAGGGUAUUCCCUAACGUCAUCCCCAAUGGUCAAUCAGCUGAAGAGGUUCAAGAACGAUUAAAUGCACUUGUAAGUAACUAUCAGAAAGAGAAAGAAGAACGCGAGAUUGAACUUCUCAAUGAAGCAAAGAAAAAAACAUCUAUCUUUCGGGCAGAAAUGACCAAUCAUUCUCAUGAAUUUGAUUUCUUUCAUUCACUUAAUGAUGAGCAGACACAAAAUAAGGUGAAUUUUCAGACAGAAACUGUUCUUAAUUCUAAAUUUCGAUACCUUGGAAAUUUCUUAAAGGCUGAAAAUCGAACUCAAAAGGUUAAAGAUUCCAGAGGCGUAAAAUAUAACGAAAAAACUGGUAUGUUUAGUUUUGGAUUUGCCUGUGAAACGCUUUCGGAAAAAGAACCUUCUCAAUCUACUAAUGCAUCUCUAAACGAAGAUACUAAGUCUACUGAAGGAGCUGAAGAAGAGAUGGAACAAACGUUACAAGAUGAAACGCAAAAGGGUAUAACGAAUACGAAAGAGUUAAAGAGUAUUUUAGAAAAGACGGAUCAUUUAACAAACUACACGAAUAAGCCGAAAAGUAAUAGCGUAUUUAAUGAGGAAGAACGUUCUGCUGCUGCAGAUGAUAAAGAUGAUGAGGCUAAAUCGUCAGAGAGUAAGAAACGUAAAUUAAAUGAUGGAACGGGAGUUGCUGAUGAAAGAUCCCUGAACGAAAGCAACGUCUCUCAGUCCUCAAAAGUGAUUGAAAAUACAUCCAAUCCUUUGAAGAGAAAACCAGUAGAAAAUAAAGACAUACCAAUUAUUUAUAUUUCCUCUGAUUCUGAACCUACUCAACCAAACCCUCCAAGACAUUACGAAAUUGCCUUGUUAGCUUCUCAGCCUAUGGAGCCGGAUAUGACUAGAAUGACACAAGGUGGUUGGUUAAUUAACUAUGCACGAGGUGAACAAGAGAUAGUUUACUUAUCCGACGAUACCGAUACAGAAGAAGGAGAAAUUCUGUACGAGGAGCAGGUAAAUUUCCUAAUUAAAAAAGUUAACUGCUUUAAUCCUUUUGUUCUUUCUAUUAAGCUUCGUAAGAGGAAACAGAAUAUGAGAGAAAGAUGGGCCAGAAGAUGGGAGGAGAAAAUAAAAAAUCCUAAUAUUGCACAAGAAGAUUUAGAGGCAAUGGAAAAGCGAUAUAAAAUGCUCGAUAAUUGUCACUUAAAUUCUAGUCAAAAGAUUAUAGACAGAGAUUGCAACGAUUCAGUUGAAUUAGGUAAAACGGUUACAAAAAUGGAUUUAAAUAGUCAAGAAUACGAAGGAGAUCUCGAUACAACAAAUGAAAGUUAUAUAUCGAAUAACUUCAAGAACAGAAUUAAACGAUUAACAAAGAAGAGAAAUUCUCCUUCAGCUCAUGAUGUUGUUGAUUUGACAGUUGAUUAAUAUAUUGAUAAUUGGAUUCUAAUUUAAUCAAAAAUUCUUCACUGCCUAGACAGCAUUCCGCCUGAAUAAACUGUUAAUUGAACAGUUGCAAAGAGUUUUCACCUAUAUUAUUUAAUUGGUUAUCUUAAUUGCCAAAUUUCAUGUUAUUAGCUGUCCUCGACAGAAACAUUUUCAUCUUCUUCGGACAGAGUCCUUGUAAUUUGAUUUCUGAAGGCAUCCGGGUAUUUCUUUUCGAUGAUGCUCUUUAGAUGUCGAAUUUUUUUGAAUACAAAAUCCAAAUCUCUCUUCAAAGUGAAUAAAACUUGAUUAUGUUUAAGAUAAUCAUUCAUACUGCUCUGAUAUCUUAGGUGAGAUAAUUGAUUAAAUGUCAUGAGCAUUUCAUUUGUUUUCUCAAAUCUAGCAAGCAUACUCCUUUGCGAUUCUAUAAUUCUGUCGACAUCUUUAGUUUUUAUAAUACCGGUAAAGCUUUCGAGAAAGACAUCAGAGGGAUCGUGAAUAUUAUCAUUAUUUGUCGAUGACGAAGCUGACGAGUCAAUAUUCAUAGUUAAAGCAUGUAGGCAAUUCUUUAGGAGAAUUGAGUAUUUCGUCUUUUCAGAUAAUAAAUUAAAAGAAGCAAAAAAUUCAUUGACUGGUACCAGUUUUC